AUGUUAAACGGUUCUUCCAAGAGUCUUUGCUUGUUAGGGUUUCCAUUGAUUCUUCUUCUGCUCAUAUUCCUAGUCUUUUCAUUUUAUCUUAACUAUGGAUCACCUCCACCUAAACAGUUCUUCUCUUCAGUUACUAUGUCCUCUCUUCUUGACCAUACUAAUGUAUUACAAUCCUCACCUUCUUCUUCAAUAUACUCUCCUCCGAUUUCGAUAAAGAGAAGGAGCAAUCUUGAGAGAAGAGAAGAAGAGUUGAGGAAAGCAAGGGCUGCAGUUAGAAGAGCCGUCAGGUUUAAGAAUUACACAUCAAACGAAGAAGUUACUUAUAUCCCCACAGGCCAGAUCUACAGAAACUCCUUUGCCUUUCAUCAGAGUCACAUAGAAAUGAUGAAAAGAUUCAAGGUGUGGUCGUACAAAGAAGGAGAGCAGCCACUAGUUCACGAUGGACCGGUGAACGAUAUCUACGGAAUUGAGGGACAGUUCAUUGACGAGCUCGGCAACAUGAUAGGCGGACCAAGCAGUCGGUUUAGGGCUGUCCGGCCAGAGGAAGCUCAUGUCUUCUUCUUGCCUUUCUCGGUUGCUAACAUCGUCCACUACGUCUACAAACCCAUUGCCUCACCUGCCGAUUUCAACCGAGCCCGCCUCCACCGGAUCUUUAACGACUAUGUAGAUGUCGUGGCUCGCAAGUACCCUUUUUGGAAUCAAAGCAAUGGCGCUGACCAUUUCAUGGUCUCUUGUCACGAUUGGGCUCCCGAUGUGCCGGAUAGUAAACCAGAGUUUUUCAAGGAUUUCAUGAGAGGACUAUGCAACGCCAACACAUCGGAAGGUUUUAAGCCAAGCAUUGAUUUCUCGAUACCUGAGAUUAACAUUCCUAAAGGGAAGCUAAAGCCACCGUUCAUGGGCCAAAACCCUGAGAAUAGGACGAUCUUGGCUUUCUUCGCAGGACGAGCUCAUGGAUACAUUAGGGAAGUCUUGUUUACUCACUGGAAGGGUAAGGAUAAAGACGUUCAAGUGUAUGACCACCUCACAAAGGGACAAAACUAUCAUGAAUUGACUGGUCAUAGCAAGUUUUGUCUUUGUCCUAGUGGCUACGAGGUUGCUAGUCCUAGAGAGGUCGAAGCCAUCUAUUCAGGGUGCGUCCCGGUUGUGAUAUCCGACAACUACUCGCUUCCCUUCAGUGACGUGCUUGAUUGGAGCAAGUUCUCAGUUGAGAUCCCGGUCGAUAGAAUCCCAGACAUUAAGAAUAUUUUGCAAGAGAUUCCACAUGACAAGUAUAUAAGGAUGUAUCAAAAUGUUCUGAAAGUAAGAAAGCAUUUUGUGGUGAACCGUCCAGCUCAACCGUUUGAUGUGAUCCACAUGAUACUUCACUCCGUUUGGUUAAGGAGGCUCAACAUUAAAUUGCCGUCUUGAUACUAAAUAUAAUGCUUUUAGCUACAACAAAAAAUAGUUGUCGCAUAAGAAUACCUUUUGUUUUUAGAUUUCUUUUACCAGUUCAUUUAGAAAAAUCUCCUUUUGAUGUGUAGACUUUUAAGUACUCAUAUACGUUGUAAACAAAUGUUAGAAUGAAAAUUUCAGUUU